AUGGAGAAAGUCCUCGGCAACCUCAGCGAGGUCGUUCCAGCUUCACGCCUCACGCCGGCCUUCCCGCCGGCAGUCAAGGUUGGGCUCACGGCGCUGUACAUGGCGCUGUACGCCUUGCUUUUCCUCUCAGUCUACGCCCAGCUCUGGCUGGUUCUCUUCUAUCGCCACAAGAAGUUCAGCUACCAGACUGUCUUCCUCUUCCUCUGCCUCUUCUGGGCCGCCUUGCGCACCACCCUCUUCUCCUUCUACUUCAGAAACACCCUCAAGGCCAACCACUUGGGUCCUUUCUUCUUCUGGCUUCUCUACUGCUGCCCGGUCUGCCUGCAGUUCUUCACCUUGACCCUCAUGAACCUGUAUUUUGCCCAGGUGGUUUUCAAGGCCAAAGCAAAAUACCGCCCUGAACUGACCAGAGGCCUGUUGGCAGUGCGGGGGGCAUGCUUGGGUGCCAGCAUCCUCUUCCUAGUGGUGAACGUGGCGUGUGCCGUGCUCGUGCGGGCACGCCGGGCGGAGCCCUGGGCCGUGGUGCUGGCGCGGGUCCUCAUCAAUGACUCGCUGUUCGUGCUGGGGGCCGUCUCUCUCGCCCUCUGUCUCUGCCUCGUUGCCCGUGGCUCCCCUUCCACCCGGAUCUACCUGGAAGCCAAGGGCACCACCCUGUGCCAAACGGCUGCCAUGGGCGGCACCAUCGUCUUGCUGUACGCCAGCCGGGCAUGCUACAACCUGGCUGCCUUGGCCCUGUCCUCCCGCACCCGUCUCGACUCUUUCGACUAUGACUGGUACAACGUAUCGGACCAGGCGGAUCUAAUCACAGACUUGGGAGACCAAGGAUACAUCGUCUUCGGCCUCAUCCUCUUUGUUUGGGAACUGCUGCCCACUACCUUGCUGGUUGGCUUCUUCCGGGUGCACCGGCCUGCUCAGGAUAUGAGUGCCAGCCGUGUCUUCAACCGGCAGCUUGGAGUCUCCCGCUCCUAUUUCUUUGACCAUCCUGGACAGCGUGAUAGUGAAGGACUGACCAGCAGCCUGACGGGGCGACUAGGCAGCGGAAGCUGGUACGGCUCCAUCAACCACAGCAGCGUCGGUGAGCAGGACUGGUUUGGGGGUCACCCUCCCACGGCCCCCCUUCUCUUCUCACAAGCAGCGGUCUCUGGCAGCCACCACCACAGCCUCUACUCCACCCCACAGAACUGAGGAACGUGGGAGAGGGUUUCUGGGGGUGGGGGACCAGCAGUCUG